GCUUUUUAAUAGUAUUUUUCAGCUUUAUCGUUAGAAAAUUUUAGUCCAAUUUCUUGCUUGAAUAAGCUAACCUCACUUUUCAACAAAACAUUAUUCCAUUGUGGUUUAAAGAGAUUGGCAUGUGAUUACAUAUAUAAUAUUACGUCUGACCAAACUGCGUUUCUGUAAAAACACUAACCGACAUCAGUUGCCAUCGUUAAACCACGUCGAACAGAGCAGAUUGCCGUAGUGAACGAUUCUAUUCUAAAGCUAUCGAGCAUCAGACAUGGCACGUACCAAGCAAACUGCUCGCAAGUCAACGGGAGGUAAAGCUCCCAGGAAACAACUUGCCACCAAAGCUGCACGAAAAAGUGCUCCAUCAACAGGAGGAGUGAAAAAACCCCAUCGUUACAGGCCUGGUACCGUAGCACUCAGAGAAAUCAGAAGAUACCAGAAAUCAACUGAAUUGCUGAUUAGAAAAUUACCGUUUCAACGUUUAGUUCGUGAAAUUGCACAGGAUUUCAAAACCGACUUGCGUUUCCAAAGUGCCGCAAUUGGCGCAUUACAAGAAGCUUCCGAAGCUUACCUGGUCGGGUUGUUCGAAGACACAAAUUUGUGCGCUAUUCACGCCAAACGUGUUACAAUAAUGCCUAAAGAUAUUCAAUUAGCGAGACGAAUUCGUGGUGAACGUGCUUAAAUAUUUCAUAUCUUAAAGCCUUUAAAUUUUCUUUUUCAAAUUCAUGUUAUUGUCAUAUUCUUGAACGUUUUCUGAAAUGAUCGACAUCAUUACAGUUGAGUUUGUUUCGCGAAUCAUUACCGUAAUUGACACUGCCAAGCCCUUUGGAAGAUAAGAUGCAGGAGUUAGAGUAUAUCUAUUAAUCAUAUAUAUAUAUAUAUAUUAUAUAUUAGUACGGUCGAUUAAAUUUAUGAUUUAACGAUGGGAGUAUACACAAACAGCACAAAGCGGAGUACGUAGCUCGUAUUACAUAGUAUCAUCACUUCGCGUAAUUAAUACUUCAUUAUUAGGUAAAGUAACCGAGAUAGAAGCAACGUAAUACGUAGAUAUAAUAUUUUUGCAGAAAGAACUAGUUGCAUUCACCAUGUUUAUUUUAUUAUUAACCCACUUUCUUGUUACUAUCAAGUUAUAUUUUAGCGUAGGUCGAAUUUACGAUAUAAAAUAAAAUAAGCUGCAUAAAUUGGAAACGUUAUUAAAUUAUGUACCAGGAGUGAUGUAGAUUUACGUUACUAGUUGUAUUAGCAUUAUAAAAUUACCAAGAUUAGUAUGCAUUUAUGUUUCAUGUUUGUAAAUUCAUUCAAAUUAACUCAUUUGUAACCACGCAAUUACACCUCAUUCUUUAUUAAUUUCUUAAUUUAAUAGUUGUAAUGUUAAAGAUAAGAAAGAAUUCGCAAGUUUUUAAAUUAAUGUAAAUUAUAGAAAUUUCUAAUAAACAUGUAUUAUGAUAAAAA